AUGCCAACUUGCCGUCGGUUUGCGCUACUUCUCGUCCUCCUCUCCCUCUCACCGUCUUUCAAUGUGUCGCCGACAACGUCGCCGUUGGCGAUAACCACGUCGCCGGUAACCACGUCGCCGGUAACUGUGGCGACGGCGGCGAAAGUCAUCGGAGUGGAUAGAGUUACAUACAAGCAGAAUCCAAACGAAGAGGAGAAGAUAGAAGCUGCGUCAGGCAAGAUUAAAGCCCCAGUUCAGGCCUUAACGGUACCAACGCUCCGUAAGACUGUAGCGGAGCAUUCUCGCGUCCUUGUAGUGUUCUUCAAUAAGGAGGAUAAGGCGUUUCCGUUGCUCGUGGAUGACGUGUCCGGCGCGAAAGCGGAGUUGACUAAGCUGGGUUUGACUGUAGCGAUGGUGGAUGGAGUCGCGGCGGGCGAAAGCGUUCGCGAAGAUUUUAAGGCGUAUGGCGACAUGCCGAAUUUCGUGCUCGUCAGAGACGGAGGUUUCAGACCAAUCAGGGGCUACCCCGAGAGUCACGAGCUCAUCGCUUUUGUGAAGAAGCGCCUGGGGCUGUCAGUGACGCAUCUCUCCGCCUCAGAAGCGCACAAGGCACACUCUCUGCUCACUGCUUCCAACGCCAUCGCCCUCCUCCACUCUCUCAAGGUUGCACCGUCGCCCUCGCGCUCCUGCACUCCCUCAAGGUUGGUUGGUGCUCGUCUUUCUCUCUUUCUAUCGCUCUGCCAGUCACAGUCACUUAAUGUUUCCAGCGCCGUCGCCCUCGGCCUCCUCCAUUCCCUCACAGCUGGUUGGUGUGCAUCAAUCCUGUUGUCUCUCUUGCUCGUCUCUGCUCGUCUCUCUCUGCUCAUCUCUCUGCUCGUCUCUCUGCUCGUCUCUCUGCCUGCCCGUCUGCCUGUCAGUCAACCCCCUGCCCCUCACACGCACAAGGCACACUCUCUGCUUGCUGCUUUCAGCACCAUCGCCGUCGCCCUCCUCCACUCCCUCAAGUUUGCCGGUGGCAGGGCGAGCAUGAAGAAGGCCCAAGGGGCAGUGGUGUUCCGAACGGACGACCCUCUAGCAAGCUGCGGAGGCAGGGCGAGCAUGAAGAAGGCUCAGGGCGCAGUGGUGUUCCGAACGGACGACCCGCUAGCCGGCCGCGACUACCGCCCUGCCAUGCCCGGAGACAACCCCGACUUCUGGGAAGGUUCCCAUGACGAGCUCAUCACCUUUGUGAAGAAGCGCCUGGGGCUUGACGAGCUCAUCACAUUUGUGAAGAAGCGGCUGGGCCUGUCAGUGACUCACCUCUCCGCCUCAGAGGCGCACAAGGCACACUCCCUGCUUGCUGCUUCCAAUGCCAUCGCCCUCACGCUCCUCCAUUCUCUCAAGGUCGGUUCACAGUCACUUGCUGCUUCCAGCACCAUCGCCCUCGGCCUCCUUCACUCCCUCACGGUUGGUUGGUGCUGCUCCCUCUCCUCGUCUCUCUCUCCUCGUCUCUCUCUCCUCGUCUCUCUCUCUCCUCUUCUCUCUCUCCUCGUCUAUCUCUCUCCUCGUCUCUCUCUCCUCGUCUCUCUCUCCUCGUCUCUCUUUCCUCGUCUCUCUCUCCUCGUCUCUCUCUCCUCGUCUCUCUCUCCUCGUCUCUCUCUCCUCGUCUCUCUCCCCUCGUUUCUCUCUCCUCGUCUCUCUCUCCUCGUCUCUCUCUCCUCGUCUCUCUCUCCUCGUCUCUCUCUCUCCUCUUCUCUCUCUCUCCUCGUUUAUCUCUCUCCUCGUCUCUCUCUCCUCGUCUCUCUCUCUCCUCGUCCCUCUCUCCUCGUCUCUCUCUCCUCGUCUCUCUGCCCGUCCUCCUAUGACAGGAGUCCUGUCACUCAACCCUCUGCCCCUCACACGCACAAGGCACACUAG